GGUAGUCCGCGGAUCCGCUGCGUCUGCAAUUACACCGUGGUCAGAGCAGACGGCGCGUCUGCGGAGGAGCCGAGCGCAGACCAGUGGCCGCCGCUUAUGUCGGAAUAAUGCAUGUGCACUUUGGGAUUUAACAAGUUUCCACGCGCGUGAAUCGCCGCGUGCGUUGUAUUUUUUUUUUUUUUUUUUUUUUUUUGCUCUAGCGCGAUUGUCGGGGGAGCGCACCUGCGCCGCGGCGAAGUCGCAGAGACGUGGACGCGGAGGCUGCGCCGCUCGUGUUUAUGUGCGCGUCGGCUGUGCGGCACCUCCUCGGCACCGGAGGGAGAGAAACGCGCAAGUUGCACGCGCGCGCCAGGCUGCUCCGGCGCCGUUUCGCGCGGCUGCGGCGCCACGGUUACAACAAGUUGCCCCGCGCGUGCGAGCGCGCGAGCGACCGGGCGAGCGCGCGGGCGGCGGAUACGGUGUCACCGCAGCAUGUAUCUUUUAACAGCUGGGGCGAUUUAGGGCGUUAUCAUCAGAUUUAAGUUGACUCGCGCUCCGGGGAUCAUUUUCCAAACAAUCACUGAUUCGCACCAGUUGAUUUUGCCUGCACCCUUCCUCCUCCUCCUCCUCCUCCUCCUCCUCCUCCUCCUCUCCACCGCUGCCUGUCAUCCCGGGCUCCACUUUCUAAUGACAUGCAUGUAGGUUAGAUGCCGCUCCUAUUGAGUUGCUCGCUCCAAGACUUGAAGGGCCCACCUUUUACAAGGCUUGAAACCUGAGCAGUGUCUCGUAAUCACGACAUGAUCAGCAGCAGCAGCGUUUAUGGCUUAAAGAUGCAGUGGACCCCAGAGCACAGCCAGUGGGCCGAACAGCACUUCGACAUCUCCUCCACCACGCGCUCGCCAGCCCACAAGACUGAGGCGUACCGCGCGGUGUCCGGCCACCUGCAGCGCUCCUCCACCUACCAGUACGCCUGGGCCAAUGACGACAUCUCGGCCCUCACCGCGUCCAACCUGCUCAAGAAGUACGCUGAGAAGUACUCCGGCAUCCUGGAAAUGCCGGGCUCGUACUCCGAGGCCCCCGGCGUCCCUGGAGUGAUGAACGGGCGGAAGAGCGAGUCCGAGCCCUGGCAGGACGGCGUCUACCCCAUGAGCUGCAUCCCAGAGGGCGUGUCUGUUCGAAAAGGAGGCGUGGCUGCGGCCUCUGAGGUGGUGUCCGGCAUGUGCAGCUCGCCGGGCCUGGCCUCCAGUACCCUAAGCGAGCCCAGUUACUCCAGCAGCAGCUGUGGGAGCCACACUGCCACCGCCCUCCACUCCUCCUCCAUGGCCUCUCAGGAAUAUGGCCCCGCAUACAGUGGCUCCUACCUGCACGGUAGUUACAGCUCCCAGUCUGCCCCUGCCCCAGCCCUUCCCUCCCCUCUGCACAGCUCUGGGCUCCUGCAGCCGCCACCUCCUCCACCCUCCCACCCCACUCUAGUCCCAGCUUACAACGGCGGCUCCCCAAACUUGUCUAGUUAUAAUUACCCCCCAGCAGGCUAUCCAGCUCAGAGCUCGGUCGGGCCAGGAUACAGCCCUGGGGGAGCGCCUCCUCCCUCAUCAUACCUCCCCUCAGGCAUUGCUGCGCCUACCCCUCUUCCCCCCUCCUCUGCUUUACCUGGAUACCCAUACCAGAGCCACAACCUGACCCCCAUUGCCCCCACCCCUCUUAACAGUAGCUCCUCCAAUUCACUGAAGAGGAAAGCAUUCUACAUGAGCGGCCAAGGAGAGAUAGACUCUUCUUACGGUAACUUUGGCUACAGCCAAGCUCGGAGCUCAGCUGAGAGCCCCAUGUACAGGGUAGCAGACAGCAGCAGUGCAAACGGAGGCUCAAACGGCACCAGUGGCGGAUUUGACAGGAGUGCUGAAAAGUCAUCUUUAUCUUUUAAUCCUCAGAAACAGUCCUCCAUGUCAUCAGAGCAGCAGCGAAAGUACAGCAGCCAGGCAACAGGUGGGCCGCUGACCCCACCGGCCUAUGUCUCCUCCACCCUGGGGGGCUCCCGCUCAGCCGACUCCCUCGCCAGCUUCACUUCCCCCUCCCUAAGUGAGCAAAGCGCUGACGAUCACCGUCUCCACCUCUCCCACUCGGCACCUGGGCCUACCUCCUCCUCGUCCACUUCCUCCUCCCGGCCAGCUGAAGACCAGCUGAAAACCAGUGACCCCCACCUUCUUGACAUGGUGACUUCUGAAAUCGUACAGCAGGGCCCCCCAGUGGAUUGGAGUGAUAUUGCAGGUCUAGAACUGGCCAAGGCAACGCUUAAGGAAGAAGUUCUUUGGCCCAUCCUCCGCCCAGAUAUGUUCAGCAGCUUAGGUCCACGUUGCGUGUUGCUGUUUGGUCCCAGGGGCAGUGGGAGGACGUUGCUGGGUCGCUGCCUGGCCAGCCAGCUGGGGGCUCCUUUCCUGCAGCUCAGCGGCUCCAUGUUGGCCACCAAGUGGCUGGCGGAUGGGGAAAAAAUAAUCAGAGCGUCCUUCCUAGUGGCACGCUGCCGGCAGCCCUCAGUACUCUUCAUUAGCGAGGUUGACAUGGUGCUGUCAGCCCACCUCAGUGAAGAGAGCCCCAUAAAUCGACUGAAAGGGGAGCUGCUCGCCCAGCUGGACUCGCUUCUCAUAGGCUCCGGUGAGGACGGAAGCAACCAAGUGUUGGUGGUUUGUUCCACAAGCAGACCCCAGGACAUGGAUGAAGGGUUGCGCAGAUACUUUGCUCGAAGGGUCCUGGUGCCCCUGCCAGACAGCACAGCCCGACACCAGAUCUUGAGCCAACUCUUGGCCCAGUCUCAGCACAAAUACUGCUUGAGUGAGGAGGAGCUGGCGCUGCUGGUCCAGCGCACCGAGGGGUUCUCCGGACUGGAUCUGGCCAGGCUUUGCCAGGAGGCCUUCGUAGGUCUGUUACACGUCUCCGCGCAGGGCAUGGACAUGUCGGGUAUGAUGCCCAGGGGGCAGAUAAGGCCCCUCACUUACCAGGACUUUGAGAGUGUCUUUUGUAAAUUUCAAGCCAGUAUAUCGCAGAAAGAGAUUGACACGUACACUGAGUGGAACAAAAUGUUUGGCUGCAGCCAAUGAAAAGAUAGAUUCCGCCCUUGAGAAAAAGAGGCAUCCACAAUUCCUCCCCUCAGGGCAGAAGCAUUGUGCUGGAGGGAAAGGCGCCGAGAAGGCCAACACAAGCCCACUGAGUUCUCCAAAGCAGGGUUUAGAUGCACCAAGAGACCUGGUUUGAUGAGACAACUGGCAGUUUUGCAGCUAAUGAGCAAGAGUUUUCAUGUGAAUGCUUGACACUCCAGAAAAGCCAGGCAUUGUUUACACAUUGCAAGCAAGUUGGCUUCAAAAGAGAGACGCCCCAGUGUCUGUGUACCUGUAUAUAUUGUUACGUUCUUGUUCCUGAGAUUUAGUUUGGCUCUCCAAGUGCCUGAAGUGGUGCUUUUUGAUUUCCUUUCUGUUUUUUGCCUCACAAUCUACAUUCAUGGCAUGAGCUGAUAAUUAUUAAAGAGCUUUAAAACGACUUCGGCGAGUCUGGAAAACAUGUCGACCGUCGCCUCCGUCGCUGGUGGUCAGUCAUUCUCUAUUGUCUUGCUAAGAGCGGUAACCCAUGGGGGCGGCAGUAGUCUGGGCCCUGACCCACACUCAUCUCCUCUGAUCUCGUGUCUGCAAAACAAACGUAACACACAAAACUCAGGAAAGCGUUUGUGAAUUGUACAGUACCUCUAGAUAUCUUGACGAAAAGCACUAAGACCUGAGGGGGGAAUCUGAGGCGGUUUCUGUCUAGCGAAGCAGCGCUAGGUGUACCUCAUCUGGCGAGGAUAAAUAGGAAGAGGUGACAAUGAAUGUACUAGAUAUGUUCUGGACCGAAGGAACAUAGUUAAUAGCAAGAGUAAAACCAUAAUUUCUUUUCAUUAUGUCCUACCAGCAGGUGCUUUAGUUGCCUGUUUCUACUUGAUCAAUCCUGAAGCUUAUUUCCAUUGCUCUUCAAAAAACAUGAAACACUGUUGCCCAGCUUUGUUGGGACUUUAAGACACGAGCAGUGAUUGGUGGGAGUUGUAUAUUAACACUUCCAUAGUAAACGUUGUUUAUAUGCGAUGGAGGCUACACGCUGAGGCUGCACCGAUGCACCAUCAGUUUGUCAUCUAACUUCUGCGCAAAAACACCUCCAAUAGCCGAUUUGUCAUCCUGUUCAGCUAGAGAAGGCGAGUUCUCUGACACGGAGGAACUCCCCAAACAAAUUAAAAGGAUAGUUUGACAUUUUGGGAAUCGUGCUUGUUUGACGUGUUGACUAGAUGAGAUGAGAGAUUGACCGAAACACACAGAUCUGUAUUCUAAAUAAUAAGCUACGGGCUGUAGGAGUAUAUGAGCCAAUCAACCCUCUCAAUGGAAAAUGUCAAAUCACAGUAAUAUCAAAGAAUAUUUACUCUUAAUCUCUUUGUGAAGGGCAGAGACCGACAUCAACACUGAAUACUCCUAAACUCUGUCAAUGUUAAGCUGAAUUUUACGACUUCAUCUGUGCUGUAAAUUUCCGCUUUAAUCCAUUUUAUUUGGACUACAAACAUGUGACACAACUAGCAGCGUCGGCAAGUCAAAGUUCAUGUGCACGUUGCGUUUGUGGUGUUUGGAGCUUCUUUAGGAAUCCUCCCACCCACGCCCACUCGCUCACCCAGGUUUAGCUUCAACAAGUUUACAUAUGCGUGUGUAUAUUUGAAAUCAGAUUCAAGGUUGACAGACGUUUAUUGAGAGCAGUUCCUUGUUGGCGUGAGUCUUCAAAAUGAUCAUAAUUCAUCUUUUAAAUACUUGGUUUUAACCUAAAUACUAACAUGUGUGCUCAAAGACAAUAAGACAAUGUACUAGUAAACUAGCUAAGUCUAGUUUCUUCAACCAAGUUUCUUGGUUUGACUGAGACUAAACAUACAAAUUCAUAUGAAUUUAGCUGAGUUGCUUUGUUACUACCCUAAUUACUCAAACCGGAUUAGCCACAGAGUGAGAUAACAACAAUUUUAUAGAGAGUAAAGGUUUUUCAUUCAGUCUCACAUGGAAUGAUGUUAAAAAUCAAGAAUAUCUGCUUAUCUCAAAGGUCAAGAGGUCAUUUGGUGAAAGAAGCCACCAUGGGCUGACAUCUCUGGAAUGCACUUCAUAUUAUUGUUACUGUAUUGUUUUUGCCCGACCAGUGAACAUGAAUAUAUUGCACUAAGUUAUUGAGGCUGUUUGAUCCCACUGGACCACCAAGAUCAGCUGAUCCACUUCAGGCCCAUGUCAGUCAUCUUUCCUUUUUGUUACUGUAACGCCUGUUUUAUUUGAUCGUUGUAUUGACACAGAUGCCAUGAAGCACACAGUCUAAGUGCAGCUGGAUUGACUUUACUGAAAAGCUUUAUAUAACGUGACUGGGGAAUUUUGGCACGAUUCUUAAGGUCCUUCCUCCCCGAAGGUUAUCUGUUGCCCAUUGUGUUGCAUUGGAAUGUAUUAUUGUCUCUUGCUGUCACUGUAGGAAGCUGUCCUAUCGCUCUGCUCUUGUGGCACUUAGAUCCUUGUAUGUGCACUAGAGCAUUUUUUGUGUGUAUAAUAUUGAUUUGGUGAAAUGUCUCAACACCACUGACCGUGCUCGCGCCGUUUUGUCCGUCUGUCUGACCCGCAACCGUUCGUGACAUCCUGCUUUUUUAAGCGUCCGCCGAACCGACGUACUUGUCUGCGGUUUGUAGGAACCAUAAACGCAGCACCUGACAGCGCGAUGAGGGGGCGGCUCUGCUGAGCGUCAGCAAAACCCACGGAAAGGAAAGACAGGCAGGCGGUGGUCCGUCAGAAAAAGCACCCUCAAAACAAUCUGCACCAGAAUUCCUUCUGUCAGCAAAUCCUCUGGAGAGUGCGUCCCUUUAGACAGAAAACCCCACUAAUGCACUUCAGAGCACACACAACAGCAGCACAGGCCUUCAUCCAGCUCCCCCAGUCCUCCACUCCCGACCAGGCAACCACUUGAAACGCGCCAGUCAACAUUCCGCUCCCUUUACGUCUCUGCUUUUGAUUUUGUGAUUUCUUUUUUCUACUGUACGUAUCGUUUAGGUUUAGCUUUUAUGGGGGGGGGGGGGUCUGUUUAAAGCAUUUCUACCUCAUGGCUACAAAACAUAUUUGAUUUACGUCUUUCUAAAUGUCAGACAUUUGUGAAAAUGCAUUGAAAAUGAAAAAAAAAGGAGAAGAAGCGGAGGGAGUAACAUCAUGAAAUCUUUGCGCAGUCUACCUCAGAUGACUGUACUUACAACAUUAAGCUGAUGGUGCAACCACAGGCUGCAGCAUGGUGUGUGUGCGUGUGUGUGUGUGUGCGUGUGUCACAUCCGAUGGCACUGACGCACACACGCCACAAAUUUGCGAGCUGGGAUCAACGUAAAGGCGACCCGGAAAUGUAUAAUCCAAUACGUUUGCUUUAAUCUUUUGUGAACUACUGUGGUUGUGCGCGUGUGAAUGUGUAUAUACGUGGGCACACACUUUUUUUUUUAUUUAGUGUGUUGAAUUUUAUAAAUUGUUAGUAUAUAUAACACACUUGCACAACUUUAAACCAGAGUGUAACGUGUUUCUGUUGUACAUACCUAUACAUACUAUACAAAUGCACCACUUGUUUAUAUGUGUGAAUAUGUUGCCAUACUUGCAGUCGACCUAAAUGUAUUUUCAUGUAAUCUGAGGUACAAGCAGCAACAAACGAAUCAUUAAAGACAUUUUCUUGGGAGAUUA